GAGCGGGGGUGGUGGAGGUUGUGGAGGAGGAGGGCUGCGCUCCGGCCUAUUUAUAGGCGCUGGGAGGCGGUGGAUUGGAGGGGCACGGUGGCCGGCGGCCGGCGAGCAUCUCGGCAGCAAUUAAUGGCGCUUGUCGUCGUGGAGCGGCGGCGCGAGCGGCAAGGCGGCACAGGGCGACGGGACAGGUCGGGCAGGGGCCGAGCGGCGCGACGAGCACCCCAGGUGCGUGGAGUGCGUGGGCGCACAGGGGCGCGCGUGCAGCGUGUGGGCAAGGGAGCCGUGCGUGGGCAGGGAGCAGGAGGGAGAAGAAGGAAGAAAGGAGAAGGAAAAAGAAAAAGGAGAAAAGGAAAAGGAGAAAAGGGAAAAAAGAGGAAAAUAGGGAAAAAGAAAAGGAGGCGCCGGCGGGAUUCGCGGCGCCGGUCGCGAGCCGGGCGUGGCGUCGACGAGAACUCGAGAAGCGAUGCGCACGAGAAACGAGGAGAUAGGGAAAAUUUUAAACGAUGAUUGAAUUCGGUGUCGGGACAGAGAUUUGAUUUUUAGUGCCAGGAUGAUGAAUCGCCGGAAGAGAUUUGAGCUCAGCGACGAAAAGAUUUUGAAAAAUAUUUUUAGCGAGUAAUUUAUUUGGGUGAAUUUUCGAGAUGCUACAUGACGAUAGGUACGCACCGUACCUAAAACGGGCUGGAUUCCUCCCGUUGGCGUGGCUAGUCAAGGAGGGCCUCCCCAAGAUGGACAAUGCAGCUUUAACAACUCUGGUGGACCAGUGGAGGUCUGAGACACACACAUUCCACCUCCCCGCCGGUGAGAUGUCAAUUACACUCCAAGAUGUGGCAAUGCUAUUUGGGCUUCGUAUAGAUGGUAGAGCCGUAACUGGUAGCAUCUCUCCAAAUGGAUGGAGAGAAAGAGUGGAGCUGUUGUUUGGAGUGUACCCACCCGAACCACCAAAGACACGAAGGAUAAGAGGCCUACGGGAGUGACCUCAGCUUGGUUGACACAACAUUUUGGUACACCACCUGGAGCGGAUGCUAAUGGCGGGACGGUUGCUAGGUUCGCUCGGGCAUAGCUAUGGCAAUUGGUCGCCGGGUUUCUAUUUCCUGAUUCGAGCGGGUAUACAAUCUCAUGGAUGUGGCUAGAACUAAUUGGUCAAGACUGGGACAACAUUGCCACUUUCAGCUGGGGGAACGCAACACUUGGGUGGUUGUACCGUCAACUGUGUGAUGCUUGUAGGUGGAGCAAAGAUAGUGCAAAUCUUGGUGGUUGUGCUUACCUAUUGCAACUGUGGAUGUGGGAGUGCCUUCCUGUUGGCCGGCUGGAGCGUUAUGCUCAUGGAGUUACGCCAUUAUACGAGGGAGAGACUGUGGCUACAGUGGGUUGGUUAUGGAAUAAUAUUGGUACCGUGCACGGUAAUCCAGGAAGGCGGUACAUAGACUACAACAAUGCCCUUGAUUGCCUAAAUGCUGCACACGUUGAAUGGCAACCAUACAAUCGCAUGGAGGUGGAAAACAUGAAUCUUAGUCCGCAAUGCAUGAGGGAUAAUGAAUACUGGCGCUCAGUUUGCCCUCUUAUUUACUAUUACAUUGUUGAGUACCACCUUCCAAGUCGGGUGAUGCGCCAAUUUGGAAUACUUCAGUCUUGUCUGCCUGAGUAUAUUAAUACUAGCCAUGAGUUGCACGGGUAUGGUUAUUUAUUUUCUGCAAUCUCAUUCUAUGGAAAAUGCUAGCGGGAUCAAACGAUCCUCACCAUCCAUGUCUGUUGCAAUCAACAAUGCCCUGCAGUACUUUCCGGUAAGAAACGUGCCAUCCACACUUA